AUGCGCCUUCUCGACACGGAGACCGGUCGUUUUGUUGAGGUCGCCAAUACCACUGGAGUCCGCUAUGCAAUCCUCUCACAUACCUGGGAUCCGCAGGGAGAGCAGACCUUCGCAGAGGUUAAGGAGAUACAGAAGUCGUAUGGCAUUAGCAGGCCUUAUAUUCCGUCGCCUCAGGAACUCCCUCCCAUCACGCGCAACCGAUCUCAUUCUUUCCGGUCGUAUCGCGACGUCUCCCUGACGUCUUCCAUAUCUCCCAUCUCACCCGUAUCGCCCACCUCUCCCCUUACCGGUUCCGACGACGACAGUACUGUAGACUCCUUCUGGGAUGAUCCACGACUAUCUUCGAAGAUCAAGCAGGCUUGUUCAGUUGCUCGCUCGCACGGCUACACCCUGAUCUGGAUUGACUCAUGCUGCAUCGACAAAACGAGCAGCUCCGAGCUGUCGGAGACCAUCAACUCCAUGUAUCGUUGGUACCGCGAUUCCCACGUCUGUUACGCUUUCCUUUCAGAUGUCGUCCACGGCGGUAACCCCCUGGCGCAGGACUCACACUUCCGGAGGAGCAGGUGGUUCACGCGCGGGUGGACCCUCCAGGAGCUCAUCGCGCCUCGCGUCGUAGUCUUCCUUUCGCAGGAGUGGGUCGCUUUCGGCACGAAGGCUACGCUGGCGACUGUCAUAGAAGAGAUCACCGGUAUCGAUGUCGUGGUGCUGACGCUUCGGCGCUCCCUCGACAAGGUCAGCGUUGCUACGCGCAUGUCCUGGGCAUCCGAGCGGAUCACGACGAGGGACGAGGAUCGUGCCUACUCGCUGCUGGGAAUCUUUGACAUCAAGAUGCCUGCGCUCUAUGGGGAAGGCGCACGCGCAUUUAUCAGACUACAGGAGGAGAUCCUGAAACGCAUUCCAGACCAAAGUAUAUUGGCAUCUGGGAGCGUCUCCCCUUCACUCUUUCCCCUCAAAAGCCAGGUUCCCAAGCUGACCCGCCAAGGACAUACUAGCCCUCAUAGCUCUCGCUUCGUACGCGGUGGUAGCUCCCCUCGUUUCGGUUUCCAGAGCUUCGAGCCCGACGCUUUCUCGCCCAUCACAGCAUCUAGCUUGCUAGCUACCAGUCCUACACAGUUCAAAAGCCACCACCAUGCGUGCAUCCCGCUCUCGUACGGCGACUUCAUACUCCGCCUUGGGCGUCCGGACAUGGACAUACCCAUCCCUGAGUACACGCACUCAUCCUACGGAAUACGUACCCAGCUUCCUCUUCUCCGCAUCGCAGACUGCUUCGACACCACCCUGAUGGAAUCUUACGACUCUUCGCAGACCGAGUGGUACCUCGCCAUCCUCGCCUGCAGAUUAUCAAGCCCAGACGGAUACGUGCUGGCCCGCAUAUGUUCGGUGCACCGGUCCGUGUCUGGCCUCAAGUUCCUGCAGUAUGGCUGUGUACAUGCAUCAAACCUGUGUUCCGACGACACUCUAGUCAACGGCACCCCGCGAUGGCACCUGUUCUCGUUCUCACAAAGUGACAUGGAGGCAUGCCGGCGCCACCUACGCAUCGAGACUGUCUAUCUCCCAUACGACGUUCCGGAGGAAUCCUUCCUGCCGGUGUCCCUGCUCGCAAAGGACAGCUAUCUUUUCUUCGGAGACACGCAGCACGUCACCAUCUCGCUCUCGAGCUUAGCGCACGCGGUCCUGCUAGGCCAAGGCUAUCGCGUCGACUAUCGUGAUCCUAGCCAGUACAAACCCUGCACUUACUAUCUCUGUCUCGCGAAGCACCGAUCUUAUAUCCAUAUCGAACUCGAGUUUGUGCAGGACGAGGGAUUUUUCGGCAGCUUCCGUGUCACUGCAUGGGUGGUUGAUUCACCUGACGACCCGGAGGCAACGGCGGUUGGCAGUUCCCCAUGGACAACGCGUCGGACUGUCGCGUGGGCCGACGGUGCUGGCAUCCCGGACAUUGAGCUGAAGACCGCGAAAGGGAACGACAUCGUCGUCUCUGUCACGUUAGACGAGUCAUUAGAGCCAGGAUAUGGCUCCUAUCAGCUCGGAGUGGAGGUGUCGGACUUGAGCUUGGACGAUGACCCACCGUCAUCCACCACAGAGGCAACUGCGCUCCUCGCAACUGAAGGAGCAGGUAGACGGGAGCCCGCUGGCAGCAAUGACGCUGACCGCCACGCCGCGAUCGGGGUUGUGAUGCACAAGACCUUGGUGUGCGUUGUCGUCGGCCCCCAGGGCCAGGACAACUGGGGCUUCGGCAGCCCGAGCGCGUCGCCUCGCACGUUUGCGUCGCCGUUGGUUCCAAAUGGACCGACGCUCUUCGUCCUCUUCCCACUCGAGCAGUACCACAGGUGUGGCUUCCUCCACUUCGACAACCCCGGUGAUCUCAAUGCGUAAGAAGUAGUGCGACGGCGCUGCGAAGUCCAAGCCGAGUUUAAGGGCGAUCUUCUUUCCUGCGAGGGUGAAGGCAACUUCCUCUGUGCCUCGACCGCACGAGGAUCUUCGCCGGAAGGGACAUCGGCAAGGUGAGCGUAGCACACCUUUGCACCGCCGUACCACUGAUAUAUCGAGUUGAUCAAUUCGGACAAUUCGGAGCUGCUCGCCUUGUCUAUGCAGCACGAAUCGAUCCACAGGUAACGGUAGCCAGCCUCGAGUGCCACUCUGCAGGCCUCUCGGAUCUUCCGCG